AUGAGGGAGGAGGACGCUGACAUGUCAUGGAUGAGCGUCGACGAUCCUGAGGUGGCGGCCGACGUCGCCAACGAGAAGUUGGCGACCGAGGCAUCACAGAGGCGUCGCCGCGCGAAACGACUGGCUACUCUUCCGCACAGCACGCACACGAUGCCUGACACCAUGAUGAACCAAGAGGUCAGUGUCGCUGCUGACACGCACUGCUCCGUCGGUCCGUCCUCCUCAGGCGAGGUGGACAGCGAGUACGUGACGGUUGAGGUGAAACCGCUCUUCAGCCCCUCCAGCGGUGGCGCAACGAGCACCGGCAAAGACGGCGCUGCGUCUGCAAAGACGUUGCCCUCCACCAACUUCGAUGACCUCCCGUUUACUGUGCAGCAGGAACUUCGCCGCCUGCGGCAAGAGGUGAAGGGCCCCGCGAGAACGAAGCCUCGGCUGCGCAUGAUGAAGGAGCUGGAGAAAAUCCGCAAGAUCCGCAAGCACUCACGCAAGGGCCACGGCAAGCGUAAGGCCUCUGGCAAGCGCAAGAAUCGAAAAAAGUAA